AUGAAGCUCAUCGUCUCCGGCGCGACGGGCUUUCUCGGCCGCGAGGUCGUCCGACAGUCCCUCGCCGUUCCCGCAGUGACCUGCGUGGUCGCCCUCGCCCUUCUCGUCGUCGCCACGGUCGCCGACUACGGCGAGUGCCCUCCCGACGUGACUGCGCAAUUUGCGGGAGCGAUCACAAAAGUCUCCCAUACUAAGUAA